UUGUGAAUCCCUCUCACAGUGCUGCAGAUAGGGGCUGCCAACACAUGCGGCGCGUCUGCAGGUGAGGGAACAGGCUGAAUAUGCUGCUGGAAACACCGAGGAAUCCAACCAACGUUUCCUAAAAACUGCGUCGGAUAUACAUUUUUCUUUAUUUUUGAUUUUCCCUGUUUGAUUUUUCUUUUUCUUUAAAAAAAAAAAAAAAAAAUCACAGCCUUGUAUUUCUUUCAGCAGGUUGCGCGUUGUGGACUUGGCUCGCAAGAGGAGUGAGAACUAUACUGUCUGCCUGCUGGCUGCAAGUGACUUGGUAGGAAGAGAGCAGAGUAGGCAACCGGACAGGUAAUUUUUGCUUCACAUUCAAAAUCCUCGAGAUCGGGAGAGUUGACAGGCUCCGCGCAGACGACACUCGCCUUUAUGAUGAGUUUUGGAAACUGCGCGGAAAUUUAAAUGAUCCACUGAUAUACGUGGACACAUCAUCGGACAGAGGAAUAUUGCAGCCUCGACCCCCCCCCCCAAAAAAAAAAGAGGAGAUUCUUAACCACAAACUGUGAGUAAAGCGGCUGGAUAUGGACUGAAUUUACUUUCUGGUGAUAUGGUGCUCGGAAAAUAACAUUUUGGCUUUUACGCGCAUGAAAUUCAAAUAUUUGUGGCACCGCCCGGAGCGCACGGUCCCUCUCUGGUGUCUUUUCCAUAUCAUUGCGGUUUUUUUCCUACUUAAACAAGGAAAGAGCAACUAACAUCCAGUGCCAGAGGAGGAAAAGCAAAGCAGAGAGGAAAAGCCCGUGCACUUGCUGCUUUUCACUGCAGCAGGAGCGAUGUAGGAAGUCGUCCGGAGGAUGAAGUCUCACGCAUCCCGCAACAGAGGGCUUUGCUCUUAAUGAAAACGAUAUUUCUUUUCCAUAAUCGGACUCUCCCGGUAGUGAUUAAAUUAUUCUCUUUUUUUCUACAUUUUUCUUUUCACAUCUAAGUGGACAUUUUUUCAGGGGAGAACAAUGAGGACUACUGGUGCAGUGGACUAUUUGUACUAUUGCAUGCUCAUCCUGCAGCUCGUGCAUCAGCCCGCUGCCAAGCAAGUGCUCCGGUACCGUUUGGCUGAGGAGGGACCCGCCGAUGUUAGAGUAGGGAACGUAGCCGCCGACCUGGGCAUUGUAGCCGGGUCCGGUGAGGUGACAUUCACGCUAGAAUCAGGCUCAGAUUUUUUCAAAAUAGACAACAUAACAGGUGAGCUCACCACCAAUGAGAGGCGCAUAGACCGUGAAAAAUUACAGCAGUGCCAAAUGAUAUUUGAUGAAAAUGAGUGUUUUAUAGAUUUUGAAGUGUCAGUGAUUGGACCAGCCCAAAGCUGGGUCGACCUCUUUGAGGGAAAAGUCAUCAUAUUAGAUAUAAAUGAUAACACACCGUCUUUCCCAUCCCCUGUCCUGACACUGUCUGUGGAGGAAAACAGACCCAUUGGAACCCUUUAUCUGCUGCCCACAGCCACAGACAGAGAUUUUGGUAGAAAUGGAAUUGAGAGAUAUGAGCUUAUCCAGGACAAUGGGGAGAACUCAAGGCGCUUGGGCUCUUCUGGGGAUUCAUACUCGGGGAAGAGGAGAUUUGAGGAAGGCGCAAGCAGGAGCAGCGUCUUUGAACUGCAAGUUGCUGACACUACUGAUGGAGAGAAGCAGCCUCAACUCAUCAUUAAAGGGGCCCUUGAUAGAGAACAGAGAGACUCCUAUGAGCUCACACUGCGUGUUAGGGAUGGAGGAGAUCCCCCUCGCUCCUCUCAGGCCAUUCUUAGGGUGAUGAUCACUGAUGUGAAUGACAACAGCCCUCGGUUUGAGAAGAGUGUGUAUGAAGCGGACCUACCAGAGAACAGCUCCCCUGGUGCCCCCAUACUACAGCUCAAAGCGACUGAUGCAGACGUGGGGGUUAAUGGUCAAAUAGAGUAUGUGUUCGGGGCAGCCACAGAGUCAGUAAGGAGGCUACUGAGGUUGGAUGAGAGUACAGGCUGGCUCAGUGUGUUGCACCGCAUUGACCGUGAAGAAGUGAGCCAACUGAGGUUCACAGUAAUGGCCCGUGACCGAGGCCAGCCACCCAAAAUGGACAAGGCCACUGUGGUGUUGAACAUCAAGGAUGAGAACGAUAACGUUCCUGCUAUAGAGAUACGGAAAAUUGGACGCAUUUUCUUAAAAGACGGGAUAGCCAACGUGGCGGAGGAUGUGGUGGUGGACACACCCAUUGCCUUAGUCCAGGUGUCAGACCGCGACCAGGGGGAAAAUGGCAUUGUGACCUGCACAGUGGUAGGGGAUGUGCCCUUUCAGCUCAAACCAGCCAGUGAGAUGGAGGGUGAGCAGAACAAGAAGAAAUAUUUCCUCCACACGUCUGCACCGCUGGACUAUGAGGCCACACAGGAAUACAAUGUGGUCAUAGUGGCUGUUGACUCUGGAAGCCCCAGUCUGGCAAGUAAUAACUCUCUUAUCGUCAAAGUGGGUGACACUAACGACAACCCUCCUGUCUUCAGCCAGAAUGUUGUAGAGGUGUCGUUUCCAGAAAACAAUGCCCCUGGCGAGAGGGUGACAACAGUUGCAGCCAUUGACGCAGACAGUGGGAAGAAUGCUGAAAUAGCCUAUUCCCUAGACUCAUCAGUAAAUGGGAUUUUCUCUAUCGAUGCAGACAGUGGAGACAUCCGAGUAAACACCAUUCUGGAUAGAGAGCAAACUGAGCGCUACGAAUUCAAAGUGAUAGCCAAAGAUAAGGGCAUAAACACCCUUCAGGGCUCUGCAACAGUGGUUGUCCUUGUGGCCGAUAAGAAUGACAACGAACCAAAGUUCAUGCAGGAUGUGUUCACCUUCUAUGUCAAAGAGAACCUUGAGCCCAACAGUCCAGUUGGCAUGGUUACAGUCAUUGAUGCGGACAAAGGCCAAAAUGCAGAGAUGAGUCUUUUUAUUGAGGAAGAAGAGGACAUCUUUUCUAUUGAGAAUGACACUGGGACUAUUUUCUCCACUCUGUCCUUCGAUAGAGAGCAGAAAACCACAUACACAUUCCGUGUCAAGGCUGUGGAUGGUGGUGACCCUCCCAGAUCUGCCACUGCCACAGUUUCACUCUUUGUCAUGGAUGACAAUGACAAUGCACCAACAGUCACUUUCCCAAUAAACAGCUCUUACACCCUUCUUCCUCCCUCUAGUAACAUCAGGACAGUAGUCAGAACUGUCAUAGCCACUGAUACAGACACCGGCAUCAAUGCAGACCUGAACUACAGCAUCAUUGGGGGGAACCCCUUCAAGCUGUUUGAGAUUGAUGGGGGCACGGGGGUCAUUUCACUGGUAGGGAAGUUGGAGCAGAAGCACUAUGGUCUCCACAGACUAGUGGUCCAGGUGAAUGACAGUGGCCAGCCUUCACAGAGCACCACCACACUAGUUCAUGUGUAUGUUAAUGAGACUCUUUCUAAUUCCACGAUUGUGGAGGCCCAGGUGGCUAAGAGCCUGAGCACGUCUCUCAACACCAACAUUGCUGGUGACCCCAACUAUGAUCUAAGCAAACAGCGGUUAAGCAUUGUGAUUGGGGUAGUUUCGGGCAUCAUGACAGUCAUCCUGAUUAUUCUAGUUGUUGUUAUGGCCCGUUACUGCCGCCCCAAGAAUAAGAAUGGUUAUGAGGCCGGAAAGAAGGAUCAUGAAGACUUUUUCACGCCACAGCAGCACGAUAAGUCCAAGAAGCCCAAGAAAGAUAAGAAGAAACAGAAGUCCAAACAGCCACUCUAUAGCAGUAUUGUCACUGUAGAGGCCUCUAAACCCAAUGGGCAGCGCUACGAUGGUGUCAACGAGAAGCUAUCAGACAGUCCUGGUAUGGGCCGCUACCGUUCAGUCAACGGAGGGCCAGGGAGUCCAGAUCUAGCCCGGCACUACAAGUCCAGUUCACCACUCCCUACUGUCCAGCUUCACCCGCAGUCGCCAACAGCUGGUAAAAAGCACCAGGCAGUUCAGGACCUGCCCCCUGCCAAUACCUUUGUUGGCACCGGAGAUAACAUUUCCCUUGGAUCUGACCACUGCUCUGAAUACAGCAGUCAAACUAUCAACAAGUACAACAAACAGCCGUUUCGCCGAGUGACCUUCUCGGUGGUGAGCCAGCCCCAGGACCCUCACCAGCAGGGAUCGCUGCAGAGCUGCUACGACAGCGGCCUGGACGAGUCGGAGACGCCCAGCAGCAAGAGUUCAUCGGGCCCCCGGCUGGGCGCCCUUCCCCUGCCUGAGGACAGCUACGAGAGGACAACGCCGGAUGGCAGUGUCGGUGAGGCAGAGCACAUGGAAAAUGACGCCCGGCCCUUGCCUGAUGUAGCCAUGACUGGCAAGUGCACCCGGGAAUGCGACGAGUACGGCCACUCGGACUCCUGCUGGAUGCCUGUGCGCACGUCGCCUGAGCGACGGCCAUCCAAGUCAACCACCACCCCCCAACAACCAAAGCUUUCCACUUUCAUGAGCGGCAACGGCAGCGGCAGCAGCAGCGCAGAGCAGCCCGGCAGCCAGGAGACCCUCGCCAUGGCCGCCAUGGCCAACGGAGACCCCACCGCCGCUCACAUGAUGGGCGACCGCAAUCGCAACCUGCUCAACAAGAAGAUGGCAUCCUCCUCCUCCUCCUACGAGGCCUUCGGCUCACCUUCCUAUGGCUCGCCAGGAAGUGGGGAGGAGGCGCUGGGCCACCCCACCGAGGAGAUCCCUCUGGCACCUACUGGGGAGUACAAGCCCACGUCCUGUGGUACUCUGACACGACGGGAGGUGUACCUGUGAGCUGGGAUGGUUUCUACGCACCUGCUGUGCCACAACAUAUGGCAUUAAAAUACAACACUAAGCAUAGUUGCUUACUCACCACCGUUACAGCUCUAGAAGCUUUUAGCCACCCUUGUUCUAUGCAAGGUAGGACUAAACUUUCUCCAAAGACUUUUACAACAGCUCCUUAAUGAAAAAUCUAAGUGGAUAUAUAAACAUAGUACCAUUUUUAAAGUGCUAAUUCCGGCAAUGACCUGGAAAACAGGAGGAGGAGGAAAAACUGUUGAGGGCAUUGAUGGGACUUGGGAUGAGGCUGUUCAACUGGUGAGUCGGGCUCUUGAGACGUGAUCUGCUGCCUGACAGUCAAUCUGUACAGUAACCAACUCAUUUUACAUAUACAGUACAUGCAUGCAUUACCCCCGGUCCCCCAUGAAGGCCCCUUUCCCUGAAGAUGACACUGUACAAAAAGAGACCAUUUGUUUUUCUGUUUAUGUUUUUUCUAGAAACAAAGUUGUACAUGUGGACUAUUUUGACUUCAGAGGUGUGUCUGGUUAUGCCUUUUUUUUAUUUCAGAACUGUGCAACACCCUAGCCAUGAUGUUCAGUGGCUGCAACAAUAUAUUGGACAUAAUGGUCUCUAUCAUACUGAAGCUGUCUGUGGAUUCCGUCAUCUUGACUGUUUGUGAUAAAAGUUGCUCAAUAGCAGACCAAAACUUGACCGUAUUCAAUUCUUAUAGGGACGGGAAAGACUAAGCUUUAAAUACACAGAAAACAACACUUGUCUCAGUCCUCUCUUGAAAGGGAGAUUCAUGGACAGAAAUAGGAACCAAUGGAAUUUGCUGCAACAACACCUUGCUUCAGACUACAACACCACUGGUAUACUAUGAUGAGGAUGAACAUAUGAUGACUGAUUCUAACUGACCAGUGCGUCCGCUCUUCACCGGUGAUGAGUCACUCAUUGUACAUAAACAUUGGACCACAGCAACAACGCUAACUGCUUUCAUUCCCUUUUGUCUUGCUACCUUUCCUCAGUCUCUCGUUCUUUGUCUUUGAUUGGCGAGGUUGAGACCAAAACCCUCUUACGAAAUGCAAAAUUAGAGCCAUGACGUAUCACAGCGUUGGCUGGAGAAGCAUGUGUAUACAUGGGUUGUGCAUAUUCAGAUCGCCUCAGUGGGAUGCUACUGUUUAUAUCAAGUUGUUAUACCUACCCUGUUUUUUCACACAUGCAGACACUCACACACACACACACACACACACACACACACACACACACACACACACAUACACAUACACAGAAGCAAAGAAGCAGAUUCAUUUAGCUGAGGCCAGUGGAGCUGCUGCACUGACUGAAAAUCCUGGGUAAGCACAGCGCGUGGCAUGCCGAGAUUAAAAUUAUGGAGGUGCAAUUGAAAUUGUAUGUGUGUUUGGGCCAGAUAUGCAGUAUAUAGUGUGUGUGUUUUGGCUAUAUUUAGUGUAUACUAUAGAUGUACACCGAUAAUAGGCUUAGGAGGGCGUAAACAUGGCCAAGCUGGUCCUAAAACAGCUGCAAGGACAGCUUUUUACUGUUAUUUCUUUUUUUGGUUGUGUGAUAGACUGAGCAAUAAAUAUCAUAAUGUACACGUGACCAACAAGCAUCAACUUCUUUUUCACUUCUUCUCAAGCCUUCAAGGUGACAUUAACCCACAGUAGUACAUGGUGAUGGCAUCUUUGAGCACGAAUGUAAGAAUCAGCUCAAUGGAGAACAAUCAAACAAAGGCAACUUCUGUACACGCAGAUACCAGGAAGUUUUUGGAUUACAGGCUGAGGAAAGUGGUGUCAAAGUGAAACCAAAGCUUCGCAAACAGGAUGAAGCAUUCCCCCAUCACACACAAAAAUAGCUUUCUGGGAGAACUUUGCUUUAAGUACACAUUACAUGAAGAUUUUUUUUUUUAGUGAAGGAUUGAGAUUGAACGAUAAGAAUGUGAUGUCUCAACAACACAUCCACCCCAUCCUCAGAACCGAAGCUUAAUGACCACUUAACACACAGACACAUGACAAUGUUGAGAUGUUGUGCCUCCCGGUCUACAGUAAUGUUUCUUUUUCGCAGCUACACAGGCGCAAAAUCUCAUGACUGUAAUAAAGCAAAAGAAUAUCAGAUGCAAUGGAACUUUUUGUAUGUUAGCAAAACCCCUUUGGUUUGACCGGAGCUGCUUUUUCUGCAUUCCGGCAAUCUAUAGUCUGUAAGUACUACUUGUUGUUCGAAAGAAAGUGCUCCUAUACUUAUCAACUGUAUACAUAAAUAUUUACUUUUUACUGCACGUUUAAUGGGAACUUACUUCACUUACUGAGAAGGAAGAGGAAAAAAAAACUGUAAAACAAAAUGUACAAAAAAAAUGUUUUCCCUGUAAACAUGGAAAUCCACCUUGUUGCUUGCUUUUGUUAUACCUAAAGAAACAUGUAGUACAACUUAGUACAUCAGUUAAGACCAUAUCGUUGAUCUUCUUUUAAUUUUUUCAUACUUAAUCAAAUUUCAUCACCGUCUCUUGUAUCACCACACAAACCCAAAUCUCUCAUCUACAUCAACUUUAUACCAAGAGAUUUGCAAAAUUUUUACCCUCAUCUUGUAUUUUACUUUGUAAUCCCGUACGUUGAUUUCUUACACGAUAACAGUCAAAACCGUGGAAAUGAUCAUGACAAUGUACUAUGUGUUUUACUUUUUUUCUUUAUCUGGUGCCACUUUGUAUAUUUAGAGUGCUUCUGAAAAAAGGAAAAAAAAAAAAAACAUAAAAAAUACUAGAGUGAAUGCAAAUAUGCAAUUGUGCCUUUUUAUACCAAUUGGUAUGAUUAAAUGUUGGUUUGGAAUGGUGCAUAAACAAUUACGUUGACAUGCUUACAAAAGUAGAUGGGGUAGCAUUUAAGACCGGACUGAAAACCAUUUGCAUAUCUUAGAUGAAAUCCCAUGAUGUCAAAGGCUUCUUGGAGGACUACCAGUCAAAUGUCAGUGAGCCUGUCAGACUAAUACAAAUGGCUAUUGUUCACCAGGUUCAAUUAUCUUGUUGAAAUAUCCAUUCCUAGCAUAGUGCAUUACCGAAUGAGUACAGGUACAUUCAAAAGUUGCUUGUUGGUAGUAAUAAUAUGAUAUAAUGGAUUUUUUUGUCGUGUUCCACUCAUGUACAUGUAUGACAUCAAAGGUCAAGUAACCUUCUUUGUGCAUGAAACAAGCUCUAGGACUGAAUAUAGAAGCAUAGAAAGAUAGUGGGGGGAAAAAAAGAAAAAAAAUGCUUGGAGACAUUUGACUGCUGAGAGUUGAGGGAGCCUAGAGAUAAAAAUGCUAAUGUGACGGUUUACUAGGAGGAGUGGAAGUGGGGGGGGAAAAAAGCUGCAAGGGAGAGUAGCUGACAGAACACGCACCUCAGGAUGUGCCGAGCAACACAACACUCAUACACAGAUUCACAGUAUAUGCAUAUCAGUAGGUGAUGAAACCCCGUCCUACAAAUAAGCACGGUAUGAUGUUUGCUAUGAUAUUGCGAGGUGAGGCUUGGAAUUUUCUAGAUCAGAUGAAAGGAAAACAAAGACUCUGUAGUGUGAACCUCAGACGAAAAACAGAAGACAUGAAAGAAAAAAAUGCCAUAUAUUGGCAACUAUGCUGAUUACAGUGUACAUUAGUUAAUUUCUGAUACUCAGUUACUUUUAUUUUCUGAUAUUCAGUGAGGUAACUGCUACAGAAAUCUGAACGAGUGCAGGUGGGAUUUUUCGUGAUGUACGUAACUCCUGCCAUCAAAAUGUGCGCGUCUUGCUGCCUGAGGUGUGUGUUCAGUCCGUGCUCUCCUCUAUUCAUAUAGCCUUCACAGUGUGUAAUGAGAUUUGUAAUAUUAACCAUUACUAUUUGUCCUGCGACUUGGAUGUUGAUAUAGAAAUUGAGGAACAAAUUUAUCAUCGUUUAAUAUGAGUCACUAUGCACGCAGCUUAGCUGAACAUGGCAAAGUGUAUUGAACGCAAGUCCACUUCUAUUUAUGAGAUAUUUUACAUAAUUUAAUUUGCUUUUGUACAGGUUUGUGUAAAUAAAUUGCUUGUCAUUUUUGUCUCUGCAGAAAUUAAAAUAUAACAUGGUAAAACAAA